AUGGCACUGCAAACCCUGGGUAUCACCUUGUCCAUGGUUGGUCUGGCUGGCACCAUCCUCAUCUGCGCCCUGCCCAUGUGGCGCGUGACGGCCUUCAUCGGGACCAACAUAGUGGUGGCGCAAGUCUUCUGGGAGGGCCUGUGGAUGAACUGUGUGUAUGAAAGCACGGGACAGAUGCAGUGCAAGAUUUACGAUGCUCUGCUGGACCUGUCAGCUGACCUGCAGGCGGCUCGAGGCCUGGUGGUCAUCGCCAUCGUGCUGGCCUGCCUCGGCUUCCUCACCUUCCUGGUGGGGGCGCAGUGCACCAACUGCCUUGGGAACCCCAGGGCCAAAGCUCGGGUGGUUGUGGCCUCCGGGGUCACUUUCAUCCUGUCAGGGCUCACCACCAUCGUCCCGGUGUCCUGGACUGCGAACAGAAUCAUCCAGGACUUUCACAAUCCCAUGGUACCAGAGGCGCUGAAGAAGGAGCUGGGGGCGGCACUGUAUGUGGGCUGGGUCACUGCGGGCUUCCUGCUCUCCGGCGGAGCGGUUCUCUGCACCACCUGUCCUCCUGAGAAGUCGAACCACUCCAUCCGCUACAUGCUGGCAAACACACACAGCAGCAUCCAGCCCAGCUACGCCGUGAAGGACUACGUGUGAGAUUCACCUGCCGUGAGCGAGCGCACUGCAAACCAAACACCACGCAUCCACGGAAAGACGCUUAACCGACACUUUCAAAGUUGUUUCAGAUGGAACGGUUUCUGUAGUUCAGUUGUCCGCUAUAUGUGAAAAAAAAUGCAAUGUAAUUAAAACUGAAGAUUCAAGAUUGACAGUAUCUGAAAAUCAAUUUCUACUUAACAUAUAUAAUAAUGUAUAAAGAAAUUGUACCUUAUCUUUGUCAAAGUUUAUUUUUGGAUUAAGAAAUGUUUAGAUAUUGAAAUUGCCUUUUUAAUGUUUAUGCAGAUAUUUACAAGAAUAAAUGCAUUUCAUAAA